AUUCGUAGUUUUCAAAAAGCGGGAUAAAAACCAAUUUUUUGUCACCUGCGCGACAAAAAUCUUUCUCACAAAUUAUACAAAAUAAUACAAAGUUUACUUUCUUUAAAUUAAUAUACACUCAACAAAACAAUAAAAACCAAAUAAUUGUGCAUCUAAUUGUGUUAAAUACUGAACUCAAAAAUUAAACGUGAGAAAUACAAAAAUUUCUAGAAUAAUUGCAAAUAUCAAAAAGGCAACCAGCAGCGUGUGGCUGCGACAAGUUUUUCUUCAUCUUCUUUUUUUCGUUCGUCUUUUUUCCUGUCUGGCGCUUUGCAUUGCGUUGUGCAAAAUAAGAAAAGAAAAAUAAAUUACGAACAAUUUUUUUUUAAUAAAUAACAAAAACAAAAUAAUCAAGUGCAACCGAUGCAUGCAAUGUUGCAUUAACUAAAUGCAACAAAUGUUUUUAUUAGUUUAGGUUUUAUUUUAUAUUAUUUUUUAUUUUGUUCGUCCCUUAAUUUAUUUUGUGGCUCUGCAAACUUUGUUUGCAUUUUCUUGUCGUUCUCGUUGCUUGUUCUUUGUUCUGUAAAAGUUUCCAUGGUCUUACUCAACAAUUAUUGAAAAGCAACCACGUUUGUCAACGUUCCUGUGCCCCCAUCGCAGAGAAAGAACAAGAGCAAGACUUAAAAAAAAGUCCCGAUUUGUCCUCAAUAGACUUCCGUCGUGCGCGACAACAACAACGACAUCGACAACCGACAAAUAAAUUGCAAGCCAGCCGAAGCCCAAAAUGGCCAACACUAGUGGCAGUGGCAGCAGCAGUGGUGGUGGCGGCGGCGGCAGUGGCAGUAGCGGCAGUCCCUACGACAAGAUCAUCGAAAUGAUCCAGAGAUUGGACCUUCAAGACGAUGGCAUCGUAAUGAAUCACAAAAUCAAAUCAAUCGAGUGUGAUUUCUGCAGCAUUGUACGCGACGAGAACAUGCUUAAUGAGUCAAUGGAAUACAUCAAUGAAAAGGCUCUUUACGAUCCAGAUACUUCGUUGAAAUUUGCUCUGCUUUUCUCGUCACGCAAUUUCGAUUCGCUUGCCAUGAAUGACACAAAAGUUCGCAGUAAAAUGUUGAAAAUUCUCGAAGUCAACUUCUGCAAUGCCGAUAGAUAUCGAAUUGAAAAUAAAAACAGGCUUUACAACUCAAUAACACUGCUGGGAGAAUACUACCAUCGUGUUCGUUUAGCAGAUAACUCGCCAAUCACAAUCCUUGGUCAAUCUCUAUUGGGACUUCUAACUCGAGAAAUAGACGGCAAUGAUAUAAUUGAUGUCAAACUUGCCAAACUGAUUUUAUCUCAAGUUACUCUUAAUGGAGACAUAAUGCGGGUCCAGCACAAAGAUGAUCUCACUCAGCUCCUAUUUCACGUGCGCCGCAAUUUGAUUGAACAGAAUGCCCUUCAGCCAUCUACAAAAGCCCUGUUGCUCAUGACUCUUGAUCUGUACUACAGUAACUUUGCCAAUCUGGGUCACAUGCUUGAGGAGAUGUACACAAAGUACCUAGUGGAGGAGAGUGAAUGUGACCAAAAUAAUUUCGUCAAUGGCAAUGCCGGCGAGGAUAACGACUACGAAGGUAGUCAACCAAAAAAAUGGUCGGAGCUUGUGAGCGAGGACAGUUUCUUCGAGAACGAUCAGAAUGUAUAUUUUGAAAAUUUGACCAUAAGCGGAAGUGAGCAACAGACGUCUCCUCCCCAGCAACGUUCACCUCCACAACAGCAGCCACAACAAAAUUAUCAACAAAGACAAAAUCAUCACGGCAAUAAGAGCCCUAGGCAAAAUGAUUUCCGCGCACCACCACCCCAGACGCAUUGUGAAGAGGAGCAAGAAGAACAGAAACCACUACCAAGGUGGAGGGCACCGCGUUUCAAUCGACCCGACGACGAGCAUUCGGCAAACAACAACGGCAACGGCAAUGGGCGAAACAAUCGUCGCUUCAGUGGAAGUUACGACGAUGAUCACCAUAGCAGUUCACGCAGUGAGGGCGGGAGCAAUAUAAGACUGUACAGCAUCAACGAUAGACUGCGACAUUCUCAAACAAAGUCCAACAACGGUGACGGUAAUGGCGGCUGGGAGCGCAACAACGGCGGCUACCGGAAUUUCAAUGGAAAUUCGCGCGGUCGCGGCAACGGCCAUAACGGUGGCAAUCGCAGCUACAACUACCGCAACACCUACGAUCCUCCACCUCGCUUCCAAAAGGCUGAAAAAAUGCGCAACUCCAUGGAGCGUGACCAGUGGCGCAACAAUGCAGGUCGCAACCAAAACGACGAUGAAAACAGCAGUCAAGUUGGUGAUGGCAGCAGGAGUUCAUCCAGAGCUCGAACACUUCCCAGACCACCCAAAGGCAAAUUCGACUCAUACAAUGGAGGUGGCGGUGGCGGCGGUGGUAACCGCAGCCAGAGUCCAAACAACUAUCGCCAACACAAUCGGCCACAAAACUCACGCAACUUCAGUCGCAGCAACCGUUACAGCAGCCAAAGUAGCUUGGCUAGCGAAACAUCUAGCACCUGGGAUCGGCGUCAUCAUCGCCGCAAUUUCUCCAACCGGCAGUCUCCAAAUACUCAACACAACGAGUGGGAGGACACACACAGCGUGCAUGGCCAGCCGGAGGAGGAUAACUGGGACAAAAAGGACAACAAUAGUGAGUUGGUGAGGAAUGCAAGAAAUACUACAAAUCAUAAAAUAUUAACUCACAAAUUAAACAUCAAAUCAAAUGAAAGGUGGACGCCAUAAUUAUAAAUAUAUAUUUUUAAUGAAAAAUAGAGCUUUUAAUUACUAUAUAUUAUUAUACAACAUACGUACUAUAGUAAAACAAACAAAAUAAAAAUCACAAACAAAAAAAUAAACAAAACAAAACAAAACAAACAAAGAGUUUAAUGUGUUUAUGUGAACUUUAUGAAAUAUUUUUUCAAAAAAAAAAAACAAAAAAAAAAUCAAUAUAAUAUUAUAAAUACAUAAACACUAGAGUUUAAUUUUAUAGGUACAACAAAAACAAACAAAUAAACAAAAUAAUAUUAAACCAACAAAACAAUAUUAAAAAAAUAUAUAUACAAAAAAAAAACAAAGAGAAAAUAUGUGUAUAGAAAAUAAAAUAAAGAAAAUAUUGUUUUAUUACAUAAAGUACAUAAUAUGUAUGUCGCUUAUUUUAAGAAAACAAUACAACAAAAUAUAUCAAGAAAAUUUUAAAUAAAACAUAAUUAUAGAACAAUAAAAGAAAGCUGAGAAGAUUUUAUUUUUUAUUAUUUUCUCUUUUUUCUGUUUGUUAUUAUUUUGAAUGAUUGCGCGUUUUGAUGAGAAAAAGAAAACAAAAAUAAAAAAAUAAAGAAAUUAUUGAAAGUUACAAUUUUACAUAUAUUUAAACAAACAAACAAAAAAAACAAAAUUUAUUUUAAUUAUGUCUCUCCAUUAUUAUAAUAAUAUAAAUAUAUAUACUUUUGUUUAGGUUCAAAGUGUUUAAAACAUUUUAUUUUACUAGAUAUUAAUGACAGAAGAAAAUUAUGUAUAAAAAUAAUAAACAAAUCUAAACUGAUUGUAAAAAGAUUUAAAACAGUGUUAUAUUUA